AUGCAAUACUUCCUCGUUCUGCUUUUUUGCAAUUUUGAUUUGGGGUCCAGUGGCCGUCUUUACGAUGUUCCCAUAACGUUAGAUUCAGAUCUGCGAUUGGUGGCACCAAGUGCACAGGCUAGAAGUAAACAAAACUUGCCAAGUCAUGUAUUAGCUCUAUUGGAGGAUGAUUGGGCAAAGAGUUUCUACGAGCCAGCAUGUUCAGAUGAUAAUAUAAAAAUAGUUCCAGUGUAUUACUGGCCGGGGGAUAAGAUAGAUCUGGCAUGUGCCAUGUGCGAUAUCGCUUUUGUGUUGAACGGUAAAGUUAAGAACUGGGGAUGGGCUAGGGAUAUCCCAGCUUUCUUGGAGAAUCCUCAGAAAAUUGUUGUUUCCGAUAGUUCAAAAUGGUCAAUUGUGGGUAAUUAUCAGUACCAGGAAAGUCAAGAGUAUCAUCAGGAUGCAGAACCACCUUUGAACUAUUUUCCAUUCUAUCGAGGUGCUCCCAAAAGGAGCGAGAGAAAGGCCUUUGACAACGUUUUUUACCAGCAUGAAGGAAUUCUAUCAAUCAUCUUUAGUUCGGCUUCCUCACAAGGAGUUUACUUCUGUUUUGAUUCUGAUUCCAUCGGCUCAGUUAGCUAUUUCUAUGUGCUGAUGGCUAUGACACCGCCUGUUCACAUAAGCGAAAGUGAAGCGUUCACUGAUGGAUGUGUGGAGAAAAAUCUUUUCUUCCCUCAUCAUAAUUGGCAAUUCCACUUCUUUCCUGGCGCAAGAGUAAAUGCACCCAAGAAAUGUCCAGCUUCUUCGGAUUCGUUUUCCGCCUGCUCGUCUGAGUAUCAAACAUUGUACACAAUCAGUAAAGAUCCCGAUUCUGCGAAAGAAUGUUCAAUUGACCACUGCAUAGCUGAGUUACGGGAUACGUACGAGUCUACUCCUCUUGAAUUGAAUGUUGCUGUAGAGUUACGUUGGGAUGAGUGGUCAGGGUGUCGACAAGGGAUGCCUUCGGAGAGACGAGAAGGACAUUGCUAUUUAGUCCGAAAAGGGGGCAAGAUAAUUCCAGACGAUGUAACAAGUAGUGUUAGCUGGCUCAGCACAUUGAACGCUAUGUUCGACCUCGAGCCGUUUUCGGCUGACGGGAUCCGAUUGUAUAGCUCCCUAAUCUCCUGGUUAAUCAUAGAAGAGACAGAAACGCGACCACAAUGCUAUUUGACCGCAAAGCAACAGGCAAAAUAUGAUGAUGUUUUCAAAAACAUCAUUUUCAAAGCGAUGGGCUAUUCGCUUGGUGAUAGGAAACUUGAAAAUGCUUUUCAAGUGUGUCUCUCAUCGGGACUCUACACCCAAAAAUCGUCGUCUUUUUUUAUUAGAGGCAAUGUUACUCGACCCUAUGCCAUUGGAUCUUUCAUGACGGAGACUCGACCCUGUGAUUAG